AUGCGGUGGUCCUCAGCCUUGACAUUGCUCUCGGUCCUAGGAGGUGUAUCUCUGUCCUUCGCCAGCGAGGAAAAACCAUGUACUAUUCACAGCAACGGGAAAUAUUAUGACCUUAACCGUCUUAAAGCAAGCAAGGAUUACGAGUUCAAGACACUGGGCGGGCACGACGCAGUUCUGAACGUUUGCAGAGCGGUGCAGCACGAGACGUGGGGUUUGAAGACAGAAGACCCUUCGGAAGUAGCUGGAUUUAUUCGUAAAGACCACGGAGACUUCUCUAUAGGGAAGGUUAAUACAACGCUGACGGUCAAGGAUUCGAAUUUGUUACUCACUUAUCACGGCGGGUCGGUCUGCAAAUCUACAGACGGGCUGCGAGCGACAACGACCAUCAAGUUCAUAUGUGAUAGCUCAGUCUUCUCUGCUGGCGUGCCUCGCUUUGAAGCACAGUUCCCAGAGGAUGACGACACGGCAUGCGGGUUCUUCAUAGAAUGGCGCAGCCAUCUUCAAGGCUUCGAUCAGGUUCCCCAAUUCUCUUUAACCAGCAUGGUAUACCACGCUCGCCAUGCCAUAGACUGGCUCCGGGAAGCUAUUGCAACAGGUUCCUUCCACAUGCCGAACCCUUCGGCUACCAAUCCCGUUAGCCAUCAAUCCAGCGUCCAAGGCAUGCCGCACCCGCAACACCCUCGACCAAUCAACCGAAGCGGACGCCCAGAGACAAAUCCCUUCAGCCAUCAGACCCAGGUCGGGUUAGGGUCCUCAGCUCAGCUUGACCCGACGAAAGCGCAAGCACUCCCACAUUCUCGGCGGCGACAAUUCGAUUUGGAGAGUGGGGGUUCUCAAGAAGAAAGGGAACACAUACUAGGGGUCGAUGAUGGUCUUGAUGAACAAGAGCUCGUCGAUGUACCGAAAAAAACGGAAACUUCCCCGCAGCCGCCUCCGACCACCGACCAGUCGGACGUGGCCGACGUCAGAGGCCGGGGCUUGGGCAUCGACGGUGUCAUCCGACUGUAA